UAAAGCCUCUCAGGUUUCAGGCUUUCGGUCCCAAUAACCACUUCCUCAAAUUUCAUGAGAUGGAUUUCUUCCAAUCCCAAGCCCGAAAACACCAACCCAAAUUCAGCAAGAAAAGGCUCACCAAAGACCAGGUAAGACUCCUGGAAACAAGCUUCGACUUGAACAACAAGCUUGAUUCCGACCGCAAGCUCCAGCUGGCCCAAGAACUCGGCAUCCCACCACGGCAAGUUGCGAUUUGGUAUCAAAACAAGCGAGCCCGGUGGAAAAAUCAGAGCCUUGAGCUCGAGUACAACGCCCUCCAGCUAAGGCUGGACGCUGCAUUGGGAGAUAAGAGGAAGCUUGAGAAAGAAGUUGAUAGGCUGAAGCAAGAGUUGCAAAAGGCCCAUGAAGUCUUACUUUCUUGCAACGUAACUUACUCUACUCUUACUUCUCUCUCAACCUCUUGUGAUGAAGAUGGCAGCUCGAGCUUACUCGGGGACUCCAAACUCGGCCUGGACAAGGAACUCUAUGCUUGUUUAAUCGGUGGCGGAGAUCAGUUUCCAAAGUCUGAUGAUAGCCAUGGUCUCUUCACUUGAUAUUAUCUUCAAGCACAGUAAGAAUAAUCUAUGUGGCAACUGUUCCCCACUCGAGGUUUCUGCGAAUGUUGAUUAGAGUUUGAACUAUGUACGGUAGCAUUACAGCAGAAUUCCAUAAAAGACCACGUUUGUAGUUUGUACAUAGAGCGUGCUAAUGAAAAUUUAUGUUUCCAUACUUUUUUGGCCAGACAGUUCUCAUCGCAAAAGUUAAUGGGUAGUAGUGGCGUUCUUGCUGUGAAAAUAACAUAUGGUUUUGGAGAAUCUGAUUUUUAAUUUA